AUGAACGGAAUUACCCCUCCCAUAACGAACUUUGCCAAUGCUGGAGAUAAUUGUACUGCAUUUGCCGACAAUUCCAACCUCCUGAAUUGCCCUCAGAUUGCGAACGAUAUUGUGACUUGUCAGAAAACCUACGGAAAGACAAUUAUCCUGUCACUUGGAGGCGCUACGUAUACCCAGGGAGGAUGGUCCUCCGCGGCUGCUGCUCAAAGUGCGGCACAGACAGUGUGGGAGAUGUUCGGCCCUGUGACUAGUGCUAAUGUCGAUCGUCCAUUUGGAGAUGCCGUCGUCGAUGGCUUUGAUUUUGAUUUCGAAUCAACCGUCAGCAAUUUACCCGCCUUUGGCGCUGAGCUUCGCCAGUUAAUGAAUGCUGCUGCUGAUAAAAAGUAUUAUCUGUCUGCGGCACCGCAAUGUGUCUUCCCAGAUGCAGCAGAUGGCACAACACUUGACGCUGUUGCGUUUGAUUUUGUAAUGGUGCAAUUCUAUAACAACUGGUGCGAAACGUCGAACUUUGUAGUAGGAGCUACUACACAGAAUGCCUUCAACUUUGAUGUGUGGGAUACUUGGGCCAAGAGCAGCCCAAACCCUGACGUGAAGGUCUUCUUAGGUAUUCCAGCUAACACUGGCGCUGCCGGUGCUGGCUAUACUAGCGGAUCACAGCUCCUGGCUGCUAUCACUUACUCUAGGCAGUAUAGCAGCUUUGGUGGUGUAAUGAUGUGGGAUAUGUCGCAGCUCUAUGCCAAUAGUGGUUUCCUUGACCAGGUUGUCACCGACCUCAGCGCGCCAAUCUCUGUCACUACAACAGCUACAACACUGGUCACAACGACGUCUACAAAGACAUCGAGCUCCAGCUCCAGCUCUACUACCACAGGUGGUAGCCUCGUUGCACAGUGGGGCCAAUGUGGUGGUGAGGGAUAUACAGGCCCUACUCAGUGCCAGUCACCAUAUACAUGUGUCUAUGGUGGAGCAUAUUGGUCUUCUUGCCAGUGA